AUGGUGCAGAUGACCAGGGAAGAACUACAACGUAUGAUCGAUGAGGCGAGCAGGAAAGCCAUUGUUGAGUAUGAGCGCAGGACAGUGACCCCCGCUAGAGAAGGGGAUAAGCGGCAGCUGUUUCAGGAGAUAGAGGCGGAACAAAGGAGAGAGGUCUCAAAAACCGCCAGUAGACAACCGGCUAUAUCGCGAGCGGAGGUAGACAGUGUUCGGAAGCAGAUUGAGCAACUGGGGAAGCAAAUUGAAGAAUUGAAGAAGAGGGGAGAGCUAGUGUCGCAAAAUAGAAGCUCGCCCUUCACAAACCAAAUUUUGUUGGAAGUUAUAGAUAGCAGUUUUCGAUUCCCGGAUCUACCCAAGUACGAUGGGAGUAAGGAUUCGAGGGAACAUGUCGCUGCUUUCGAUCUGGUUAUGAAUCUUUAUGGCCAAACAGACCCGAUCAAGGCAAAGCUAUUUGUCACUACUUUGAAGGGCAAGGCUCAGGAAUGCAAGAGAAAGGCGAAGCGAUCGGCCACCCACCUGUUCACAAUUAGACAGUGGGAGGAUGAAACAUUAAAGGCUUUCAUGGGACGAUUCAAUAACGAGGUGUUGGAGGUCCAAGAUUUGAGGAUCGACAUGAUGGUGAGCAUUUUGAUCCAUGGUUUACAGAAAGGUCCUUUCGCAUCGGCAUUGGCACGCGACCCGCCAACGGGAACAGAACAGUUGAUGGAAAUGGCUCAGAAGUAUAUCGAUAAAGAAGAGAUGAACGCUAUGAAAGAUAAUGAUUGGACAAGGGAUCCUGGGAGAUCGAGAGGAGAAAGAUCGCGAGAAGGUAAACAACGAUCUAAGAGAGAUCGCGAACGAAAGGGACCUUACGUGCCUCGAUAUCAUAGAUACACUCUCCUGACGACCACCAGAGAAAAAAUGAUGAUGAUGGUCGAGAAGGAGGGCCUCCUGCAAUGGCCGGGAAAGAUGCGCGACACCCAGACCAAGAGAAACUCCAAUAAAUAUUGCAGAUUCCACAAAGACAAAGGGCAUAACACGAAAGAUUGCUACCAGUUGAGAGACGAGAUCGAACGACUGGUAAGGCAAGGUUAUUUUAAACACUUGAUUGAUAGGAGAUCAGAGGCGGGAGGUCGCAGUAGGUCGCGGAGUCGCGAAAGGCAUCAGAGGGAUGAAGCAGGAGGAAGUGGAGCACGAGAUAACGCACCCACAAAAGGCGUCAUUCACACUAUAUCUGGUGGACCCACGAAUGGGGGUUCAGCGAGGGCAAGGAGAAAAUACGCGAGAGAAAGCAAGCUCAAGCACAGUGAGCUAAUGAUGCAGGUGGAAAAACAGGACAACAUCGUCUUUGGAGACGAGGAUUUGAGUUCCGAUACGCUCGACCAGAAUGACCCUAUGGUCAUAAAAAUGGACAUCGCGAAUUAUCAGGUACACAAGGUGUUGAUUGAUAAUGGUAGUUUUGUUGAUAUUAUUUUUAGUGAUGUCCUCAGGAAAAUGGAUUUGGGAAAUGUGAGAUUGAAGCCCGUAUGGACACCCUUGGUCGGAUUUGGAGGCAGUGAGGUCGUCCUAGAAGGUGUAAUUGAGCUGCCCGUUUCGUUGGGGGAAGAACCCAAGAGAAAAACAUGCAUGGUCCAAUUCCGGUGGUCGACAACCCAUUCGCGUAUAAUGUUGUAUAGGGACGACCAGGGUUGA